AUGAAGGGUGCGCUGCAUCCUUGUGAGGGGGGNCGCCAUCAGAAAGGUGGACGGGCACUAUGUACACGGCCCUAGGUUUGCUAGAGGGAGCUGUACUGUCUCAGUAUCCUAGUUUUGCCAUCAAAGGAGGGGACAGACAGGUGGUGACGAGCUGAGUGGGCUGGUUGACCCUUCGGCGCGACAAUUUUCAGACCAAGAACCCUAAGUGCAACGAGGGAACAAGCGAGGAACCGACUGGGAAGGACAG